AUACCGAGAUAUCCGUUUGAUAAACCGGUUCUUUUCUUGCAUAAUAAAACCGAAUUUCAUCAGAGUCGAAGAGGGAACAGAGAAAGCUUAAGCAGAGAGAGACUCGAAGAGUCUUCUUGACUCACUCCUCUUCUUUCUCACCAUUGGCUCUGUCAUAGAUAGAGACUGAUACAUCAACAUCAACAUUAACAACAACAAAGUUCACUUUCUUUGCCGGUUACUUUGGUUAGGGUUUUAUCGCCUGCUUAUUCUUCUUCCUCGCACAAUGGUACGACUCUUCUUGUACAUACGGUGUCUUUGCUUUUCACCUUUUUGAUAAUUCACUCCAAAAAUCGAAUGGAAAACUCUUAGUUUUGUAAUCAUCUUUGUCGAUAUGAUUCCUCUUCUUUUGUGGCAGCAUAAGUUGAGAAAACCAACCGGGACAAGCUUCAACAGUUCGUGGCUAUUACAGGAGCUAGUGAGAAGAGUGCUCUUCAGGCUCUAAAAGCCAGCGACUGGCAGAGCGAAGCAGCUUUUGAUGUGUUUUACAGCCAGCCCCAGCCAAAAAGCAAUGGUGAUCUGAGACGCUUGGAAGAGCUCUUCAAUAGAUACAAAGGCAAAUGCUAUUUUUUCUUUCUCUUGCUUUUGAUCAAAACCUAAGUUUAAAAUAUCAUUAUAGGUUUUAGUAAUUUUGUAUUAUAUUCUGCAGAUCCAUAUUCGGAUAUGAUUCUAGCGGAAGGUGUCUCGGUUCUCUUUAGUGAUCUUCAGGUGGAGCCCCAAGACAUUGUCACGUUGGUUCUUUCGUGGCAUACGAAUGCUGCCACAGCGUGUGAAUUUUCCAGGGAUGAGUUUUUUGGUGGAUUACAGGUAUUAGGCGUAGAUUCCAUUGGGAAGUUGCAGGGAAAGCUGGCAUUUAUGCGUUCUGAGCUUAAAGAUGAACAAAAGUUCUAUGACAUAUACAACUUUGCUUUUGGGUGGGCGAAAGAGAAGGGGCAGAAGUCUCUUGCUUUAGAUACAGCUAUUGGGAUGUGGCAGUUGCUCUUUGCAGAAAGAGACUGGCCUUUGGUGAACCACUGGUGUGAUUUCUUGCAGGAUUGGCAUAACAAGGCCAUAUCUAAGGACACAUGGGCACAGCUCCUGGAAUUUGAAAGGACGGUGGACCCUGUAUUGUCUAAUUACGAUGCAGAAGGAGCAUGGCCUUACCUCAUCGAUGAGUUUCACAAAAAAAAAAAAAGGAGCAUGGCCUUACCUCAUCGAUGAGUUCGUUGAGUAUUUGUGACAAGAGUGUUGUUGAGAAGUAGUAACCUGCCAUCUGGGAGAAGUAAUCAAGCUUUCUUUUACAAUAUCUAAUUA